CUUCGGAGUCCACGCCUCAACCAAGUGCCAUAGACCUGGAGGAACGGAGCUGAUCUUCCUGAUGGCGAGCGAGGCGAGAUGCCCGAGAUGCCCGAGAUGCCCGAGAUGUCCGAGAUGCCCGAGAUGUCCUUGCGGAGUCUGCAGAGCCCUCCCAGCGUAGCGCCGGUGCUGGCGCUUCAGCGUCCAAGCUCCAGCGAAAGCCAAGCAUCGCAGGCUUUGGAGCCAAGCUGUUCUACAGAGGUGCUCAGAGAGGUGAGAUGGCUAGUGCAUGACCUCUGUAUCAGUGGCCAGGAGCUCUCGGAUGGUGCUGCGCUACGCUUGUUGAGUCUGCUCCAAAGCUCCUGCACCAGCUUUCAUGAUGCUUUGGCGCCCAUCUGCCCUAACGCCCGGCGCCGGGCCAUGUCCUGCUUGCGGCUCGAGCGCCUUCUGCCGGAGCAGCUCUUGUCCAGCCCGGCGGAAGGUGAUGCUGCCUUGGUCCUGCGUGGGACUUUGCAACUGCUGGGCGCUGCACCCGGGCAGGAAGUGCUUCUGCCGACCGGGGGUGAACUGCCGUGGUGCCGGGCGGCGGGUGGCAUGGAGGGCGCUGAGCUGCUGAUGCUGCGAGGGAAACACCUUCAGGAGGCCGUGGAGGCCGAAAGCCGGCAGGGCGCCUGGCGCGCACAAGCGCGUGAGGUCUUGCGAAAGACCGAGAAGAUGUGCCGGCAGGUCUCAGAUCUCCAGGUUCUGAAGCAGUACUUGGAUGUUUUGCCUCUCUUCCAUGGCCUCCCAGACGCGCAGCUCUUCCGGCUUUGUCAGCACUUGGAACUUCUUCCAGUGAUCGCGCAGGGGCAGCGCCUUCAACACGAUGGACACGUGGAUGGCUUGCGGCUGCUGCUCUCCGGCACGGCGGCCGCGGGCGAGUUCGUAGGUGGUGGGUCGGUCCCUUCUCCGUUCUGGUGCCAUGAAGCCUGGUUUUGUGAAGAUCAGGCCCUCUGGCCAUGGGAGUUGCGGUUGGGCGUCGCACAUCGAGGACUGCCGUCGCUGCUGGCCAUCGAGGACUGCGAGCUGGUCUUCUUAGCCCGCCAGGAGUGCGAAUGUCUGCGGAUCGGCAGUGAUUUGGUGUGGAAAGCCUUUGCAGAGAUGGCAGCUUUGCAUGGGCGCGAGCAGUUGGCGCUUCCACGGCAUGCUUUGAUGCGGCCGGACUGCCCACUACUCGAGGUGCAGCAGCAGCAUUGGGCAGAGGAGUGGCGUGAUGAGCAUGAGGAGUCGGAGCGCAUCGCCCAGCAGUUGGUCUCGCUUCCCUCCGAGGCAUCGAGGCAGUUCCUCGACCAAGGACCCUACAGCAGCGCAAGCUUCGUGUCUGGAGGACUCUACGGCAGCACCAGCCUACCUCCAGGUAGCUGCAGCUUUCGCUCAGGUCGGAGCGAGACCUUGAUGCGUGUGGAGAGUUGCGAGCUGCAGGCGGAAGAGGAGGUGGGGCUGCACCUGGCUCACACAGCGAUCAUGGACUGGUCCGGGGCAAUGAUGCGCAUCUUGCUCCCAGGCAUCUGUGGAGAGCUCAGGCCGUCGGUCGUCAACGGGGAAUCCACUGACGGGGAAUCCACGUCGUGCCGGUUGUCUCGGAAGGCGGACGUUCGCGUUUUCCUCAAGGGUGCGAACAGAUGGUGCGCAGAACAGCCCUGAGGAAGGCCAGCCUUAAAAAGGAGCAGCUUUCUUCUGGAGCUUUUCGAAGAUUUAUCCUCCAAAUUGGCCAAUCUCCAA